UAGAUAAGGGGCGGGUGUGUCUACACCUUUAUGUGGCCCCUUGGCCGGGAGUUAACUGCCAAACAACCACGAACCACUUUUAAUGAGUCAUUUGGCUUGCCUGCCAUAUCGGCAUUUUGCUUUGAUAAAACGCCCACCGGACGAAAAAGCUCGAAAUGCCACCCUUUUGUUGUGGUGGCCGACGUUGCGCCAAGGAUCUGGAGUUGGAGAAGCAGACUGAAGCAGACGGUCGCGAAUCGCUGAGGGAGCCCAUUUACACAACAACAGCGGAAUAUGAACCACCGUUGGCAUUGAAGUUUUACGCACGCCACGACUGGCCGUAUUUUAAUUGCACUAGUCAGGAGGUUCGGCGCAUUCGGGAGAAGCUUGACCCGGAAUCCCUGAAGAAUGCCAGGAAAAUAGCCAGCCAUGACGAUGGCGUUGAGGAAAAGUACGAGAUGAAGCAUAACACGCCGCAGCCGAUGACCUUUAACCAGAUCUACGGCUGGUAUUCUGAUAGGGCCUACCGCUAUUUGAAACAAGACCGAGGCACAUUCGUCUUCCCCCACGAAAACGAUCCAAUGAUCGAGCAAAUUUUAAGAAACAAACAAAAGCGCUAGGCGAAGACGUUAUGAUUCCAACGUGUUACAAAUUUAAGUCAGCUUUUCUUAAAUAUAGUUUCGAUUAACAGCUA